GCGCGGGGUGCCCGGCCCGGCGGCGGCGGCGGCGGCAGCGGGAGGAGGCGGCGCGAGCCCGGGACCCGGACGCGAGGAGGAGGAGGAGGAUGUGGCGCGCGGCGGGGAAAUGGCUGCCGAGAACAAGCCGGAAGAUGAUCAUGGGAACAGCAAUGGCAGUCAUGUAAAAAUCUUUUUACCGAAGAAGCUGCUCGAAUGUCUACCAAAAUGUUCAAGUUUACCGAAGGAGAGGCACCGCUGGAACACUAACGAGGAAAUUGCAGCUUAUUUAAUAACGUUUGAAAAGCAUGAAGAAUGGCUAACAACUUCCCCUAAAACAAGACCGCAGAAUGGUUCUAUGAUCCUGUAUAAUAGGAAGAAGGUGAAGUACAGGAAAGAUGGGUAUUGCUGGAAAAAAAGGAAAGACGGGAAAACCACCAGAGAGGAUCACAUGAAGCUGAAAGUCCAAGGAGUGGAGUGCUUGUACGGCUGUUACGUCCAUUCCUCCAUCAUCCCCACGUUUCACAGAAGGUGCUACUGGCUUCUUCAGAACCCAGACAUCGUGUUGGUGCACUACCUGAACGUACCUGCCAUUGAGGACUGUGGAAAACCCUGCGGCCCCAUCUUGUGCUCGAUAAAUACAGACAAGAAAGAAUGGGCAAAAUGGACAAAAGAGGAACUCAUUGGACAGCUCAAACCCAUGUUUCAUGGUAUUAAGUGGACGUGCAGCAAUGGAAACAGCAGUUCAGGGUUCUCAGUGGAGCAGCUCGUGCAGCAGAUCCUCGAUAGUCACCAGACCAAACCGCAGCCUCGAACACACAACUGUCUCUGCACUGGUACCUUGGGGGCAGGAAGCAGUGUGCAUCACAAGUGUAACAGUGCCAAACAUCGCAUCAUAUCACCAAAGGUCGAACCAAGGACAGGUGGGUACAGCACUCAUUCAGAGGUACAAAAUAACGAUGUCUCUGAAGGCAAGAACGAGCACAGUCAUGGCAAGGCCUCCAGCCGGGAGAAGAGGAAUGGCAAAGUGGCGAAACCAGUGUUGCUCCAUCAAAAUAGUACUGAGGUUUCUUCCACCAACCAGGUGGAAGUCCCUGACACAACCCAGAAUUCUCCUGUGUCCAUCAGCAGUGGAUUAAAUAGCGACCCGGAUAUGGCGGAUAGCCCAGCAGUCACUGGUGUGUCCAGCAUGGCUGUAGCAUCAGUUAUGGGAAGCCUGUCACAAAGUGCCACAGUGUUUAUGUCAGAAGUCACCAGUGAAGCUGUGUACACCAUGUCACCCACCUCUGGCCCAAAUCAACACCUUCUGUCCUCAGAUGCGGCUGCACAAGGACUGGUACUUGCUGUGAGUUCAGAUGGACACAAAUUUGCUUUUCCAACAACAGCCAAUUCAGAGAGCUUGUCCAUGCUGCCCAGCACCGUCUCCGAGGAACUUGUGCUCUCCACAACUUUAGAUGGAAACAGGAAAAUUCCAGAAACCACCAUGAAUUUUGACCCAGACUGUUUUCUUAACAAUCCCAAGCAAGGGCAGACUUAUGGUGGAGGGGGUAUGAAAGGUGACAGCAUCAGUACCAACAUAAGGCAGUCACCCACCACAGAACGUAGCUUCAACUUCAAUACAACCCUCACAAAAGAAAUUAAAACGGAGGACACAUCUUUUGAACAACAGAUGUCCAAAGAAGCAUUUUCCUCCACUUCUGCAUCUAACACUCUCACCCUCACUACUGGUUCAGGUUUGCUUCCGUCUGGGGGAGGUCUGAGCCCAAGUACCACCUUGGAGCAGAUGGACUUCAGUGCCAUUGACUCCAACAAGGACUAUUCUUCCAGCUUCAAUCAGACAGUGCAGAGCCCUCACGUUCAUCAGACCCCCUCCCCCAGCUUCUUUCUGCAGGAUGCCAGCAAACCUCUUCCCCUUGAGCAAAACACCCACAACAACUUGAAUGACACAAGUGGCUCAUUUGUGAAUACAAUAGGAAUCCCCAGCGUGAAAACAGAGUCCCCAUCCCAAACCACUUCCAACUGCAAUGGCACAGUGGAAACCAGAAUAGAGUCCACCUCUUCUCUCCAGCUCAUGCAGUUCCAAGCAAACUUCCAGGCUAUGACUGCAGAAGCUGAAGUUCCCAUGGAGACCUCCCAGCAGGCAGAAGGGAAUGAAAAUCUACUUAAAUCAGGGGAUCUUCAAGCCUGCAGCACAGAACACUACUUGCAACCUGAGACCAAUGGAGGUAUCAGGAAUGGGAACAAUCUCCCUAUUCUCCAAGGAAACGUAGUACAAGGACUCUAUCCUGUGGCCCAUCCCAGCUUAAAUAACUCCUCCAACAUGGAGCUUAACUUGGACCACUUUGACAUCUCCUUCAGCAACCAGUUUUCUGAUCUAAUUAACGAUUUCAUAUCUGUAGAAGGUGGGAGCAAUGCCCUCUAUGGACACCAGUUGGUGUCAAGUGACAGUGCCGGACUCUCUCAGCCUGAAGACAGUAACAGAACAACCUACAACCAGGCUGAAAUGUGCAUUCCUUGCUGCAGUCCUCAGCAAGCCAACAUGCAGCUCAGCAGCACAGAGAAUGGAGCCAGCACGAUGGCAUACAUGCAUGUGGCUGAGGUGGUCUCGGCAGCUGCAGCACAAGGCACUUUGGGGUUGCUACAGCAGAGUGGGCGCUUGUUCAUGGUGACAGAUUAUUCACCAGAAUGGUCUUACCCUGAGGGAGGAGUGAAAGUUCUAAUCACUGGUCCAUGGCAAGAAGCCAGCAAUAAUUACAGCUGUCUGUUUGAUCAGAUCUCAGUGCCUGCAUCUUUAAUUCAGCCAGGAGUACUGCGCUGCUACUGCCCAGCUCAUGACACUGGGCUUGUGACUUUGCAAGUUGCCUUCAACAAUCAGAUCAUCUCCAAUUCUGUGGUGUUUGAAUACAAAGCCAGAGCUCUGCCAACCCUGCCUUCCUCCCAGCAUGACUGGCUGUCUUUGGAUGAUAACCAGUUCAGGAUGUCGAUACUGGAACGCCUCGAGCAGAUGGAGAGGAGAAUGGCGGAAAUGACGGGCUCCCAGCAGCACAAACAGGGAGUAGGAGGCGGCAGCAAUGGGAAUGGGAAUGGAGGAACGCAGGUGCAGUGCGUUUCUGGGACUGGAACCUUGGGCAGCUGCUUUGAGAGCCGUGUGGUGGUGGUGUGCGAGAAGAUGAUGAGUCGUGCUUGCUGGGCAAAGUCCAAACACUUGAUCCAUUCAAAGACUUUCCGAGGAAUGACACUGCUCCAUCUAGCUGCUGCCCAGGGCUAUGCUACACUGAUCCAGACCCUCAUCAAAUGGCGCACCAAACACGCAGACAGCAUUGAUCUGGAGCUGGAAGUUGACCCUUUGAAUGUGGAUCAUUUCUCCUGCACUCCCCUGAUGUGGGCAUGUGCCCUGGGCCACAUGGAUGCAGCUGUUGUGCUGUAUAAGUGGGACCACCGAGCCAUCUCUAUUCCUGACUCCCUUGGGAGGCUGCCGCUGGCAAUUGCCCGGUCUCGGGGCCACGUGAAGUUGGCAGAGUGCUUGGAGCAGCUGCAGCGUGAUGAGCAAAGUCAGCUUGGACAAAACACCAGAAUUCAGUGCCCCUCCAGCACCGACUCCAGCACAGAAAACUGGGUGUCCCAGUGGCACAGUGAGCUUAUUGCCUCUCAAGAGCCUCAGAAGGGAGUCACUGUGAUUUCCAGUACCAACACAGAGCUGAGACGACCAAGAUCAGAACCUUCCAGUUACUACAGUAGUGAGACUCAGAAAGAUUACCCUGCACCCAAGAAACAUAAGCUGAGCCCUGAAUAUUUUCAAGCCCGGCAAGAGAAGCUGCUUUCCACUGCACUGAGCCUGGAACAGCCAAGUGUCAGGAAGCAGAACUCCAGCUCCAAGCAGUCCACCACUGAGACAAUCAGCCCCAGUGAAGGGAUAAGGGACUACGGCCGGGAGCUCUCCCAGCACAUCCCAGAAGCAGCUGGAUACCGAGGCUCUAGUAGCCAAGCGGGAAUCAAAUGGAACCCAAAAGACGUUUAUAUUGGUGUGUCUGCGGUGCAGUUAGUGGGGAGCCAGAAGAGUGCUGCGCUGGGGAAGGACACUGUGGGCCAUCGGCUACGCCAGCGAGAGCAGAUGAAUGUGCUGAUGUUGGCUGACAGGGAGUUAGUGGAUGCAGAGCUCUUGUCCUAUAGGGACAAUGUAGGGGAGGAGGACUGCUUACGCCACAUGGAUGACUUGCAGGUGAACAUGAUGACACUUGCAGAGCACAUUAUUGAAGCUACGCCUGACAGGAUCAAGCGGGAGAAUUUUGUGCCAAUGGAGUCACCACAGGUGGAGAGAGCAGAGAGUGCUGCCAUGAGCACCACCAUGAGCUGGCUGGCCAGUUACCUUGCUGAUGUCGAUCAUCUGCCGAGUGCUGCACAGAUCCGAAAUCUGUAUAGUGAACCCUUGACCCCUUCUUCAAACACCAGCUUGAGCCCUGCAGGCUCACCCAUCAGUGAAAUAGCUUUUGAGAAGCCCAGCCUUCCUUCGGCAGCGGACUGGUCUGAAUUUCUGAGUGCAUCCACCAGCGAGAAGGUAGAAAAUGAGUUUGCACAGUUAACUCUGUCUGAUCAUGAGCAGAGAGAGCUCUAUGAAGCUGCCAAACUCGUCCAGACAGUCUUCAGGAAAUAUAAGGGUCGUCCACUCCGGGAACAGCAAGAGGUGGCUGCUGCUGUCAUUCAGCGUUGCUACCGAAAAUACAAACAGCUUACUUGGAUAGCCUUGAAGUAUGCACUUUAUAAAAAGAUGACGCAAGCUGCCAUUCUUAUCCAGAGCAAAUUCCGAAGCUAUUAUGAGCAGAAGAAAUUCCAGCAGAGCCGACGGGCCGCAAUGCUGAUCCAGCAGUACUACCGCAGCUACAAGGAAUGUGGGAAGAGGAGGCAGAACCGUCGGGCAGCCACCAUUGUGCAGCAGAAACUCAGAAGCAGUCUGCUUACCAAGAAGCAGGACCAAGCUGCUCGCAAGAUUAUGCGGUUUUUACGACGCUGCCGCCACAGCCCUCUGGUGGACCAUAGGCUGUACAAAAGGGGGCUGAAUAUGUUUGGAGCUCAAAUGUGUGUGCUAAAUUGCAGACCGUGUACUCUGGGGUGUCAUUCUUAUUGGGCCUUUCUGUCUUUUUUGUCUUGCAACCCAAAUGAGAUAUCUGGAAAAAGGCAAGAGCUCCCUUUUCUUAAAUGUCCCACAGGCUAUUUCAGCUUUCAGAGCAACAGAGUGAAAGAAUUGAAAAAGGCCAAGGAACUUGAAGAUAAGCAGCAGCAUCCCGUAGCAAUGUGACAUUGCUUCUCAGACUGUUUUCAUUUUCUGUUUUUAGCAGAGACAUGCAACAACAACAAAAAUACCCACUGCAGUUCUGGAAAUACCACCUGCAGGAUUUUAACAGUAAUGUUUUGGUCAUUGCAUUUGCACUUUCAUGGACAACAUUUAAUUUGUUCAGCAAGACAUCUUGGAACUCAAUCUUCUGUUGGAUCAUAGGAAUAAAUAAAAGACACCAGGAAGAAUUUGUGAGUUGCUUCAUUCUCCAAGAAGGAAGAAGCGAUUAAUUAUCCUUUUCAUAUAGGGCUGUAUUGAACAACAUGUGGAACUGUACAAAUAUUAUACCAAAAAUAUUGUUAAGAAAAGGUGGGAAUGCACAAGCAACACAAGAAUGCUGUUCCUGCACUUGUCGGUCAUCUCCAAGAAACUGAAGCUUUGAGAGUCUCAGUGGAGGGGCUUAGAUCAGUACGUCUUUAUUGGGUCCAUGCAUCCUCAUUUCCUUCGCACAUCUGUCCUUUGUGUUUUAUUUAAAUCUCUACAGCACACUUAAUGCAACUUUUUAAAUCUGCAGGUUUUUAAUACAUCCCGUGGGAGCUUUCAGAAGGGGUUGGCAUGUGAGAUAAACGGGUAACGUGCAAGAAGCAGAGAGAGCAACUUAAGCGAGUUUUAAAAAGUUUCUUUUUGGUAUUUUUACUCUAGAACCUGCAAAAACGUAUCGAUUGCCAUGUACUUCCUCUCAUAUUCAGCACUUUAUUUUCUAGCCUUACUUUCAUGUACUGUUAUUUUAAUUAAGUUCUUAAAAUAAUUUGCAAGACAUGUAGCUUUUUGUCCUAAGUAACUGUCAAACCUCUUGUCGUUUUGCAGAGUCUCGUACAUUUGUUGCCUGGACAUUUUAUACCACCUAAAGAGCAGAGUGGUGCUGCAUUCUGGCCAGUAAAUUUCUUUUUUUUUGGCUCUUUCAUCAAAUCUGGGCAGUUUCUGUAUAUAUAGAAGGUAGAAAUGGAAAAUGAGAAAAAAAAAUAUUUGAAAGGGAAUAUAUUGAUUAAUUACUAAAUAUUUUAUUCAUAAAGGGUCAAUAACUUGGCAAGAUAAAAUUAUUAUUUGUAUAGUUUUGUCUGAAUGAACGGGAAGAGUGUGGAUGUAUUGUUUGUACAUAUUGUAUAUAUUAAAACAAAGAGAUAUGUGCAUGAACUCAAGAAAAAGAAAUGAACAAAAGCAAAGCAUUAGUGGCUAUGGUCUGUAAAAUGAAACAAAAACUUUAUUUCACUAUAAGAAACUUUAUUUUAAAUGUUCUUUAGAAGAACAUUUUUGCUAAAGCAUGACUAAAUGGCAAAAAAGAGCUGCUGUAUUUAGACUUAGGAAAAAAAAAAAAGGCAGAGCAACAUUACUUUAAAAAAAAAAAAAAAAAAAAAAAAAAGAAAGAAAAAAAAAAAAGGAUAUGUUUACAUUUGAUUUUGGCUACCAGGAGUUCCCUUCGGUUCAAUUUCCGUUAUUUAUUCCUUCCUUCUUUUUGCCCCCCCGUCUUUUUUUUUUUCCUUUUUAUUAUUAUUAUUAUUUUAUUUUUUUUGCCAAUGGUGCCAAGUAAUGUGAAUGCUGAUAUUGCUUAAGAAAAUUACGUUACUUUUGCAAAGCAGAUAAUCAUAAAAGUACAAAAACGUAUCUAGCUUAACACCAUACACUCACUCCAAUAAAGAACACUUAGAAUGAGUAUAAAAUGAAGAAAAAACAAAAAAAAAACAACAAAAAAAAAGAAAUAGUACGAAAGUAGAAAAUAUCUUUCACAUUUUCAUAUCUCCUGCUGGAAGUCAGAAAAUGUCAUAAAAAUUGCACAAAAAAUUAAAAAAAAAUAAAUAAAAUGAAAAAAAAAAAAAGAUGCAAACUGAUCUCGUAGGGGUGUCAUGGUAUAUUGCUAUUUCCACAUAGUGAGGAGCCAAAGAAAUCAGUGUUGUUGUUUUGUUAAAUUGAAGUACUAAUUUAAAACAAAUUCUCAACGAUGGGAAGCAGGUUCUGAUCUCAGCUGCGCAGGAAUGUAAGGGAAGCAGCUCUGAAGCCGCCGUUGCUGCGGGUUUUGUGCUUCUGUCUGAGGUCAGGAGCUGCUCCUGUGUCUGUUUUGCGAGCGGCAGUUGCAGAUCUCUGAACGGACUGAUGUCACUUUGGGAUUGUUCCUAUUGGAAGAAUCGUUCUGGCUCGAUCCCGGCCACCAACUGCAAUGUUUAAAUGGAGGCUUCACGUGAAGCCAUAAAAACACUCUCACAUAAGAAGCUUUUAAACUGGUGUCUUUAAAAGAAGAGUAAAAACAAAGAUUGUGGCAAAAAAACAAACACAAAAACAAACCUGGGGUCAGUGCUCUUGGUGCCUUUUCUAUAAUUGUACCUGUUUUUAAUUACUUCUUUUCACUGCCAGCAUUGAAUUACAGUAGACGUGUGCUAUAGCUCAUUACCAGAAUUAUUGUACAUUUCUGAAUUGCUGCUUUAUGACCUGAUUCAAUUAAAAAAAAAAAAAAAAAAGAUUAAAAAAAAAAAGUAAGAAAUGCUGGUUCUCAUGCUGUGGCUUUGGGCAGCUCAUAGCCUCUAAUUGCCGUAUGGAAUCGGGACUUUACCUGUUCAAUUGUCCUCACACGCAAAAAUAGAAGUGCAGAAGAAUCUCCUUUGGAAUGAAUAGGAAAUGCUCUGUAUUAAUACUGGAGGAACCCUGAUAUCCUGAGAUUGGAAUGUUGCUCCACGAAUCGAUCUCUUUUCUAACGAGAGUAGUGACCUCAGUGCAAAUGUUGAACUCCCUGUAUUCAGAAAAACAGUUCAGUAACAUACAGAGCUAUUUCACAUUACUCUUCCAGAUCCAUGGGCCUGGUGGUGUAUCUACUAACCCAGAUCCUGCUUCAGCAAAACGUUUAAGCGUGGGCUUGGUGUUCGACACGCCAGCAGUUCUGUGUGCUCAGAGCUGCUCGCCUGCUUGAAGCCAAGCGCAGCUUCCAAGUGCUUUGUUGUGUCGGGUCACAACCCUUCAGUGCAUCGCGGGGGGUCACAGACUCCCGCUGAAGUGAAGUGAUCCGCUCACCCUUCUCUCCAUUGUGGGACUUGUGUUUUCACAGCAGACAAACUAAGUGCAGCUUCCCAGGAAAGUUCAGGUUCCCAAGUGCCAGGAGCCAAAACCUCCUGAACCCUCCUGUCUGGUCACGGAAUCGCUCCUUUGUGAAUCGCGUCUGACAGCAGAAAUACUGUGUGAUCGAAAUGCAGAAUAUAACAUGAACCCCCUCUCUGGUUGCACGCUUAUGGCAGUUCCACACAAUAGCUGGUGCCCAAUGGGGGGUCCCCAAGACUUGCAUGUCAAACUAGUAUAGAUGUCUUCUCUUUUGUAAGUUUUAUUUUUGUAACCGUGCAUGUAAAGCAUCACUGAAUCAAUGGAUCUGUUGAAGAACUCAGCUGCUGGAACCAUGCAAAAUGUUUUGAAUUGCCCUUAAAAUAUGGAAAAUGUUUUCUGAAUGCUUUAUAUUCUUUCUGCUGUAAAUUAAAAACAAAGAAAAUUUCCCCA